AUGCAGGUUCCCCUCCUGGUCCUGCGAACCGCAAAUCGUUUCUCUCCGCCCUUUGCUCCGCUGCGCCCUUCCGUUUCUCUGCUCAGAUCUGUGGCGCAGCGCAGGGUUUACUCCCGCCUGCCACAACAAAUAGCGCCAUUCGAACGCGGGCUCCGAGCUGGUGUGUCCAAGAAGUCGAAUUUGGAGGAGAAAAUGUCGGUGAUCCAUGCCGACGACAUCGAGAUAUCGCUCUGCGACGGCAACUCGGAGGACGAGCGCCGCCGCCGGAAGAUAGGGUCGCUGCGCCGCAAGGCCAUCCACGCGCUCAAGAAGCGCGGCAGGCGUCGCGUCGACUUCCGCUUCCCGCCGGCCAUCUCCAUCGAGGACGUCCGCGACGCCGAGGAGGAGCGCGCCGUCUCCGCCUUCCGUGAGCGCCUGGCCGCGCACGGCCUCCUCCCCGACAAGCACGACGACUACCACAUGAUGCUAAGGUUCUUGAAGGCGAGGAAGUUUGACGCCGAGAAGGCAAUGCAGAUGUGGGCAGACAUGCUGCGAUGGAGGAAAGAGUUUGGGGCCGACACAAUCCUUGAGGAUUUUGAGUUUGAUGAGCUGGAUGAGGUGCUGUGCUACUACCCUCAGGGCUACCAUGGCGUCGACCGCGAAGGCCGGCCCGUGUACAUCGAGAGGCUCGGCAAGGUCGACCCUAACAAGCUCAUGCAGAUCACCUCUGUGGACAGGUACAUCAAGUACCAUGUGCAGGAGUUUGAGAGGGCCUUCGGAGAGAAGUUCCCUGCCUGCACAUUGGCUGCCAAGAGGCACAUUGACUCCACCACCACCAUCUUGGAUGUGCAGGGUGUGGGUUUUAAAAAUUUCUCCAAGACUGCAAGGGAGCUAGUACAUCGCAUGCAGAAGAUAGACAGCGACUAUUAUCCUGAGACAUUGCAUCAAAUGUUUGUUGUAAAUGCGGGCAGUGGGUUCAAGUUGAUCUGGAACAGUGUGAAGGGCUUCCUUGACCCAAAAACUUCAUCCAAGAUUCAUGUUCUUGGUUCGAAUUACCAGAGUCGACUUCUUGAAGUAAUUGACCCAAGUGAGUUACCAGAGUUUCUUGGUGGUUCAUGCACCUGUAUUGACAAGGGAGGUUGUCUUGGGUCUAACAAGGGGCCAUGGAAUGAUCCUUAUAUCUUGAAGUGGCAGGGCAUGAUGAGUGACACAUCAAAUGCUGAAUCAGGAUCAGAUGUUGAUGACUUUGGAUCCUCAGUUAUUCCGAAAGGUGCUGAGUAUGGCUGCCUCACUCCAGUCCAUGAGGAAGUAAAGGGCAUAGAUUCAACUUACUAUGUCUGUUACGAACAGAGUUCCCUGGAAACGUCUCUUGAAACUGGUAGGAGACUGCGGCGAACUACUGAAACUGUGCCAAAACAACUAGCUGAUAACCGGCAAUUUUCCACCAAUGGAAGCCCUCGUGAUUUAGGGAGCAAUGUUGGCAACCUGGAUGGUUCAAUCGUCCGAUGGGGCUUUGAAAAUCUUGUUAAAGUUGUGACAGCCUUGAUCAAGCUAUUCUCCUUCUUCAAGCUUUUCAUCUCUAGUAGAGCACUAAGGAGGCUUGAAAACGCCCGGCCUUCCACUGUGGCAGUCCCAGCUGCAGAGAAGCCGCAGCCCCGAACCAUCAGCGCUGAUGAGAUGAGUGCUUGCUUACAGCGCAUUGAAAAUCUUGAAUCCGUGUGCAACCAUCUUGCAAGCAAGCCACCAGAGAUGCCCGAGGACAAGGAGCAACAGUUACUGAACUCGUUCGAGCGCAUCAGAUCCAUCGAGGCCGACCUGGAGAGGACCAAAAGAGCACUGCAUGCGACGGUGGCGAAGCAGAAUUCAUUGGCGGAGACUCUGGAAGCUGUACAGGAGUCGUCAAGAGUCAAGGGAUUCAGCAAUCUCGCACCCUCGCGAUCAAGACUAUUUAAGCUUAUAGGUAAGGCAAGGGGUCCCAACUUAGCCCAUGACAAGCUCUCACGGUCAACGAAGGAUAUUCCUUCUAGCGGGAAGACCCGAUCAGACUCGGAAUCCCGGUUACAAGACAUUUCGCUAAGAGUUGACUGGAUCCUCGAAAGCAAACUCAAUGGGCUCCUCGUUAGCGAACUCGUCUCCCGGCUCUACCCAAACAAGAGAAACAAGCAAAAAGGACAUAGUCAACCACGUGCAAAGCUCAAACAACAUGAUGCAAACAUGAUCAGGUAG